AUGGGAACAUGUUAAUAGUGUAAAUCGCAUCUUGACAUCAACAAUCUCACCAUCAUUGACUAACUUAGCAAUGAUUUUAUAGUAGUGUAGGAUGAUUAUUAGCAUCCUUUGUAUGGUUAAGUGAAUUUACUUGAAUAUAAGGAACUCAAAAAAUUUGAUUUUAAAUUAGUACAUAAACUUAUUACAUUUGUAGAGAAAGAAGACUUUCAACAAGCAUUGCAAUAUUACGAAGCCAAAUUUUAUGGGUUCAAUCAUCCUAAUCUUUUAAUAAUACAUGGUAUUGCAUCAUUAUCUUAAAAUAGCAAUGUAAUAUAAAUAGAUAGAUCAGUUCUUUAACACCCAAUACAAAUUGUCACUCUUUUUAGAUUACUAUGAAACUACUCUUGCUUAAGAAUUAAUAUAUAGAAAGAAAAUGUAUUUUGAAGAAGGUGAAAUAUUAUUCUUUCUUGAUUCACUAAUUGGUAGCCAGGCAUUUCUCUAAUCUAAAGGCCAUGCUUUGCCAUCACUCAAAUUCGAUAACAUCUAUCUCUCUCAUCUGCUUAAUGGAGCAAUUGCAUUAAAAGUCUAAAGUCCUUUAUUUGAUUCAACUGACUAAGAUUUAGAGUUCAGAACUUUAUAUGAUAAAAUCCAAAAUGGUGAAUAAGUCAGAUUGCAGGAUUACACAUACUUGAGUCCAGAGCAAUGGCAAAUGAUUCAUAAUAAGAAGUUUGAACCCUAUGAUGUUUUCAAGAGCAAUGUCUUCGUUCUUGGUUUAGUAAAAUAUAAUUACAUUUAAUUAGAUGACUUUGGAAUUGUGCUCUGUUCGUCAAAGUGUUAGCUUGUAUUAAGAUUACAUGAUAGAUCAGAAUCUUUUAAAUGAAUAAAUCAACAAAUUAUAGGAUCGAUAUGGAGAAGCAUUACCUUUGCUUUUAGAAGCCAUGUUACAUUAUGAUCCCAAAGUGAGAUGCGACUUUUUAUAGCUAGAUGAUCUAUUGAAUUUGUCACAAUUAUUAAAUGGCAAAAGAUUAGUUCAAAUUUGGACAAAUGAAGAUUUCUAAUAUAGCUUAGUCGAAAAAAGAGUAUCAACUAUGAGAAAUAUUCUUUUAGGUUCAUUUUACAACAAAGCAACAUUCUCUUGUCCAUCCUGAAGUUCAAUCUUAAUUAUCUAAUUAGUCAUUAUUGCAAAAAGGCUCACACUUAUCCCUUCGAUAAGUCUUGUCUAAGAAUUCAAAAGAAUCAAAAGCUUCAAGCGUAUAAAUAUUAUCUCCUAACCAAGUCAAUUAUUCAAAAGAGAGAAUCAUAUUCACCACAAGCACAAUAAAAGAAUUUAUUUAAAAAGUUCGAAACUGAAUAGGCUUCCAAAGGAGGCAGCAAGAAACUAAUUACUUAAGACGGAUUUGGAGUGGAAUCAUUAUCAAAUGGAUUAACUUAUGAAGGUAUUUUUUAGGGCGGCAAAAAGCAAGGGUUGGGUAAGCUGAUUAAUGAUGAUAAUGAGAUUAUUUAUGAAGGAUACUUUUAUGAAAAUCAGUAAAUUUUAUAUAAAAUAUUAGAUCAGAUUUCAUCGUACAGGAGUUCUUAAAAAUUAAAACCCAUAACAGUUAUCAACGCCAUUCAAUUACAAAGAUUUCAAUUAGUUGGGAAAUAUGUGGAUAAAAUAUGAUGGCGAUUUCUAGUAAGGGAAACAGGAUGGAUAUGGUCAAUUGACAUUAUCCAAUUAAGAAAUCUAUACUGGACUUUUCAAAAAUGGAGAGGUGAAUGGAACAGGGGUGUUCCUAACUAAAGAUGGUAUAAAAAUUGCAGGAAAGUGGCUUAAUGGUAUCUUUUAAGAAGAAUGA